AUGAGUGACGAUUCGUCCCUCCCCCGGUCUGACCUUGAAAAGGGACUCGGACGCGAGACCACCGUAUCGGUUAGGAGCCAGACUGGAGAGUCAGAGAAGACGGGCACCGAAAUACCUCAACCAUCUCGAUUGGAUGGCGAGGCGAAGGAUCCUAAUUUGGUGACCUGGGAUGGACCAGACGACCCUGAAAAUCCGUUCAACUGGAAAACUUAUAAAAAGGCUCGACAACUCGUGUUUAUGGCCUUCAACACUUUCUUGACUCCCCUAGCGUCCUCUAUGUUCGCCCCGGGAGUGGAAGACGUGAUGAUCGAAUUUGGCUCUUCUAGCUCCAUGCUUGCCUCAUUCGUCGUCUCAGUUUACGUUUUGGGUUACAUGGUCGGCCCUUUUCUGAUCGCACCAUUGUCUGAGCUAUACGGACGAGUUCCGCUGUAUCAUGCCUGCAAUGUGCUCUUUUUGAUCUUCACUAUUGCUUGCGCUGUUGCCCAGAGCCUCCCACAGUUGAUCGUCUUCCGGUUUUUUGCAGGUGUUGCAGGUGUCUGCCCACUGACAAUCGGCUCUGGAACAGCAGCCGACAUGGUUACCAAAGAAAAACGGGCCGGCGUCAUGGCAAUCUGGGCGAUGGGGCCCAUUCUGGGUCCUGUGAUCGGACCUGUCGCCGGCGGAUUUUUAGCCGAAGCAGAAGGAUGGCGCUGGGUAUUUUGGGUGAUUGCUAUCACGACCGGUGUCGUCAUUAUUGGAACCGUCCUCAGCUACCGGGAAUCAUACGCACCUGUUUUGUUGAAACGCAAGGCCGCUCGCCUCAGAAAGGAGACUGGAAAUCCAAAUCUUCGAUCGAUCUACGACACCGGCCGGCCUCCACGUCAGGUUUUUCUGUCAGCGCUCGCCCGACCCGUCAAGCUUCUCUUUGGAUCGCCCAUCGUUUUUCUCUUGGCGCUGUUCGCGGCCGUGACCUAUGGCUAUCUCUACCUGAUGUUCACCACAAUCACGUCCAUUUUCGAGGACGAAUAUGGGUUCUCAUCUGGGCUCGCCGGUUUGGCGUAUCUGGGCUUUGGCGUUGGCUGUCUGCUCAGCCUCGUUGUCUGCGGUCGUGUAGCCAAUCGUAUUGCUGUCACCCACACUGCCCGGGGAUGCUUCACGCCGGAAUCCCGGUUGCCGCCCAUGAUCUACGGAUGCUGGGCCAUUCCCAUUGGUCUGUUUUGGUAUGGCUGGUCGGCGCAAGCUCACACACACUGGAUUGUGCCCAUCUUGGGAACCGGAGUCUUUGGAGUCGGCCUCAUUACGGUCUUCAUGUCGGCGAAUACUUACCUUGUGGACUGUUACUUGGUUCAUGCAGCUUCCGUGACUGCAGCUAGUACCGCACUACGAUCUUUGGUCGGAGCUGUGCUCCCUCUGGCAGGACCGUCAAUGUACAGCGCCCUCGGGCUUGGAUGGGGAAACUCUCUCCUGGCAUUUAUCGCCUUGGCCCUGUGCGCGGUGCCUCUGCUGUUUGCGCGAUAUGGCGCAGCAAUUCGCACGCAUCCGCGGUUCCAAGUUCGCCUUUGA